AUGCAGUUGCUUUGGCUGCUAGGGCUGCUGCCACUCGCUCCCACAGCGUUUGCUCAAGCCUCGAAUGAUAGUGAUGCUCUAAUAUGGGGUGCUUACCGUCCAAAUCUGUACUUUGGUCUACGGCCUCGAUUCCCCCAAUCGCUCAUGACAGGUUUAAUGUGGUACGGAACGCAUGACUACCAGUCUCUUGGACGUUCGCGACAUGCUUGCGACCAAGGUGACAACCUCAAUGGGUACACAUGGACGACCUAUGAUGCUCGUGAAGGGGGUGUGCAGGUACUGAACGAUGGUUACAAUAAUGUCAAAAUCACCACGGAGUUCAUCAAAGUGCCAGGUGGCAAGCAUGGUGGUAGCUGGGCCGCGCGCAUUAAGGGAGAGCCAAUAAACCCAGACAAGAUUUCUCGGACUUCUUUCAUCUUCUAUGCUGGCAUUGAAGGAUUUGGCGGUCUUGACAUGGAAACGGAUGAGGAUGAGAAUGGUAUUGAUGGCCCGAUCGAGUUCUCAGGCUCUACUCCUGACCUCGACGAGUUCAAGCUUCGUAUUGUGGAUGGACCCGACAACCAUUAUGUGUCAGAUGGCAUGUUUGCCAAAGAUUAUGCCAACCGGAUCGGCAAGUCGCACUUUGGUGGUUAUAAUCUCCCCCCGGGUGAUGUCUGGCAAGCGAAAGAGUAUAUCAUGAGAGACAUUGUGCAAUACGGAACUGCUGCGCUCGAGCCUUUCAAAGGCUCCACCGCCGGCCACCCCGAUCCUUCCUGGGUCUUGCAGCUCUCCGACGAGACAUUGACAAAUAGCAACUUGUACGCAGUUCAGAAGAUGUUUGAUGGCAAAUUCCAAUUCGACGUCUUCUUCGAGAGCGCAAGUACCAACCAGAAACUGAGCUCCGCCACACUGGACGAAGGAAUUCCUGCUCUGGUGGCCAAAUAUGACCAACGCUUCUCUCAAGUCUUCCCUGUCCCUGCCCUUCCCGACCACCAGUCCCUCACCACAUUCUCCCAAGCCAUUACCUCCAACCUCAUUGGUGGUGUCGGCUACUUCUAUGGCCAAUCCAUUGUUGACGCUGGGUUUGCGUACGAGUGGGACGAAGAUGACGAAUCGGCCGGUGAAGAGGAUUCGAAAAAGAGCAAGAGCGAGAAGGGUGCGAGACUGGUGGAUCCGAAGGCGCUCUUAACGGCGACACCGAGUAGGAGUUUCUUCCCGAGAGGAUUUUACUGGGAUGAAGGAUUCCACUUACUUCAUAUAGGAGAGUGGGACAAUGAUCUCAGUCUGGAAAUCUUGAAGGACUGGAUCAGUCUUAUCGACGAAGACGGUUGGGUCGCUCGUGAGCAAAUUCUCGGAGACGAAGCCCGCAGCAAGGUUCCCUCCGAGUUCCAAACCCAAGUUCCUAGCUUUGCGAACCCUCCCACCCUCACCAUGGCCGUCACCGCAUUCAUCGGUCGUGUAAAGGCGGCGGCGGCAGUAGCCUCUGGUUCCACUGAUGAACUCAGUGCAGAAGCCCUCGGCCUCGACUACGGCCUAACUGACUCCCAGACCCCUCUGUCUUCGCCACCCCUCGCCACCCUCCAACAUCCCGGCUCUUUACACCUCACCUCCCCCAAGCUCGCCCUCUCCUACCUCAAAUCAAUCUACGAGCCCCUCAAGCGUCACUACAACUGGUUCCGCCGCACCCAGCGUGGCCAACUCAAGCAGUAUGGCCGCAAGCCUCGAUCGAGAACAGAGGCAUACAGGUGGCGAGGACGGUCGGAGAAGCAUGUAUUGACGAGCGGGAUGGACGAUUAUCCUAGGGGACCGCCUCAUGCGGGAGAGUUACAUUUGGAUUUGAUUAGUUGGAUGGGAUUCUUUACGAGAACUAUGAGGGAAAUUGCGGAAUUUGUGGGCGAAGUGGACGAUGCGGCAUAUUAUAAGGACAUGGAGGGGCAGAUUGCCGCGAACAUCGACGACCUUCACUGGAACGAAGAAGAACAGAUGUACUGUGACGUUAGCGUCGAUGACGACGAUGAAUCCUACCACGUCUGCCACCGAGGCUACCUAUCUCUCUUCCCCUUCCUCCUCGAACUCCUUCCGUCCUCAUCUCCCCACCUUGGUUCCAUUCUCACCCUUCUCCGCGACCCGGACCACCUCUGGUCGCCUUAUGGGAUCCGCAGUUUAUCUGCUUCGCAUCCCGAAUUUGGACAAGGCGAGGAUUACUGGAAGGGCCCUAUCUGGGUGCAGAUGAAUUAUCUUACACUGAAGGCUUUGUACAAGACAUACAUGAAGGAGGAAGGACCUUACCAACAACAGGCCCUGGAGAUCUACGAUGAAUUACGGAAGAAUAUCAUCAGCAAUGAAUAUGUCCGUACUGGAUACGUCUGGGAGCAAUACGAUGCCAACAACGGCGAGGGCAGGAGAAGCCAUCCGUUCACGGGGUGGACGUCGUUAGUUACGCUGAGUACGUGA